AUGGAGGAGCGUCGUCGCCACGGCUUUCGUGUGUCGAAAAGGGAAAUUGAGGAGCGUCGGCGGGUGGAAAAGAGACGCAAGUGGGACGAAAGACUCGACCGGGCAGAUCUCGUGAGGCUGCAGACGGAGCUGGGGUCAUUAAACAGAGCCGUGUUUCUGACGCCUCAGCAAGGCGCGCGGAAGAGGCUGCUUGGGCGAAUGGUGAGGGAUCUCGAGCAGAGAACUCGUGCGGCCUCCGGUGGAGGGCGGGAACCUCAAUUGGGCCCACGAUGUCGUGAGCCGAGUGCUUCUAGCUCCUCCGCGGACGAUGGUGACGGGCUCUUUGACCGCACACGCGUAGAAGCUGCAGUUAGGGACAACCCCCCAACAAAGGCUAUUCAGUUGUUGCCAAGCAGCUUGCGAAGAAGGUGCAACAACGGCGAGGUGGUUGGCGGGGGCGCCAGAAAACGCGCAAGGAUGGCCGAGGAAGCUCUGCUUUCCAGCGAUACCGUGGGUGACAAUGUCGAGGAGUUUUUGGAUUCGCUGUAA